AUGCUGGGUUUACAAAUUGCCAUUGAUAGGGGUGGUACCUUUACGGAUUUCAUAGCGAGAAUCCCCGGUCAGCCUGAUUAUGUGUUCAAAUUAUUAUCGGUUGAUCCCAAAAACUAUCCAGAUGCUCCAACUGAAGGCAUAAGAGUGAUCCUAGAGAAGCUCCACAACAAAAGCAUCCCACGUUCUCAAAAGCUUAAUUUGCAUUCCAUUGAAAGUAUUCGCAUGGGAACCACAGUGGCUACGAAUGCCUUAUUGGAAAGAAAAGGUGCCAAUGUAUGUCUUGUCACCACCAAAGGGUUUAAAGAUGUUUUGACAAUUGGAAACCAGACCAGGCCAAAUAUUUUCGAUUUGUCCGCCAAGAAGUUGGGCCAUCUCCAAAAGAUGGUUAUAGAGGUUGACGAAAGAGUUACCAUUGCAGGGUUUUCGGAAGGUGGAGGUGAUCAUUUGAAAUUAGAUGAUUCUGAUCCCAUGGUGGUUGAAGGUGCAACCGGUGAUAAAAUCAAAAUCUUAAAGAAACCCGAUUACUUGAAAAUCGAACAUGAUUUGAAAGAAUUGUAUGAUGAAGGUGAUUGUAAAACGAUUGCUUUGUGCCUUGUAAAUUCCUAUGCUUAUCCCGAACAUGAAGCCAAGAUUGCCCAGAUUUGUAAGAAGAUUGGAUUCCAAGUUUCUGUCAGUCAUGAACUCCAACCCAUGAUUGGAAUUGUAAACCGAGCCUCUUCUACUGUUGCCGAUGCUUAUUUGUCCCCUGUGAUAAAAGAUUACCUUGAGGGAUUUGCCAAUGGUUUCGAAGGUGGACUUGAAGCCUUUGGAAACAAAUUGCUAUUCAUGCAAAGUAACGGUGGAUUAUGUCCCUGGUAUAAGUUCACUGGUUUAAAGGCCAUUUUAUCUGGUCCUGCUGGUGGAAUGGUGGGAUUUGGAGAAACUUGUUAUGACCAUGAUACUAAGAGAGCCACCAUUGGUUUUGAUGCUGGUGGAACCAGUACCGAUGUUGCAAGAUACUCUGGUUCAUUGGAACACAUCUAUGAAACAGUUGUUAGUGAAAUCAGCUUGCAAACACCUCAGCUAGACAUUUCUACGGUUGCUGCCGGUGGAGGGUCAAUGCUCUUCUGGAAUAACGGGAUUUUUGUGGUUGGACCAGAGUCUGCUGGCUCUGAUCCUGGCCCUGCUUGUUACCGAAAGGGAGGUCCUUUAACAGUCACAGAUGCUAACCUAUUCUUGGGGAGGUUGAUUCCAGAAUUCUUCCCUCAUAUCUUUGGCCCUAACCAAAAUGAACCAUUGGACUACGAGAUCACCACCAAAAAGUUCAAGGAGUUGACGGACGAAAUCAAUGCCUCUGGUGAUGUUCAGAAGGCGUUUACUCCUGAAGAAGUUGCAUUAGGAUUCUUGAAUGUGGCUGUGGAAUCCAUGGCUAGACCAAUUCGUACCAUUACCGAGUCUAAAGGUUACGGUACUGCUGAGCACAACUUGGCGUGCUUCGGUGGAUCUGGUGGCCAGUUUGCUGUAUCAUUGGCUAAGAACUUAGGAAUUUCUGACGUUGCGAUCCACAAGUAUUCUUCUAUUUUGUCUGCUUAUGGAAUAUUCUUGGCCGAUAUUGUUAUUGAAAAGCAAUCACCAAUUUCGGUUGCCUACAACAAAGACCAUUUUGAAUUCAUAGACAAGAAGGUUAAAGGAUUGGUGAAUGCGGCCCAAAAGGAUUAUGAAGACCAAGGAUUGACAGCUUUUGAUACCAGGGUGGAAAUCUUGUUAAAUAUGAGAUUUGUCGGUUCAGAUACUCACUUGUUGAUCAGCAAGGAGGAAGCUUACGAUGCUGACAAGAGAUUCGUUGCAAGACACCAAAAGGAGUUUGGGUUCAUUUUGGACCGAAAAGUUCUUGUUGAUGACAUUCAGGUGUUGUUUGUGGUUGAAAGCAAAGACAAAAAGGUACACAAUCCAUACGAAGAGUUCCGUAAAUUGACUACAAUUGAGGUUGAGCAGUCUUCACUCACCAAUCCGGUGUAUUUUGAAGAGAAUGGUUGGAAUGAAACCCAGAUCAUUCAACUUAAGAGCUUGAAAAUCGGAUCAAAGGUACGAGGUCCAGCAGUUAUCCUCGAUGAAACCCAGACUUUAUUAAUUGAUCCUCAAUCUACCGCAUAUGUGUUGUCGAGCCAUGUUUUAAUUACUGUUGAACACAACAAUAAACCCCAAAUUUCCAGCACCUUAAUUGACCCAAUUCAGUUAUCUGUAUUUGGCCAUAGGUUUAUGUCUAUUGCAGAGCAGAUGGGUAGGACCUUACAACAGACUUCCAUUUCUACAAACAUCAAAGAGAGAUUGGACUUUAGUUGUGCUGUUUUUGAUAAGGAUGCCAAUUUGGUGGCUAAUGCUCCGCAUGUUCCUAUUCACUUAGGCAGUAUGAGCUUUGCAGUCAAAUACCAAUUGAAUCUUUAUAAGAAAUCUGUUGAUGGCAAAGAGGUUUUUGAUUUGAAGCCUGGUGAUGUUUUAGUUACAAACCAUCCAAUAGCUGGGGGGAGUCAUCUUCCUGAUGUCACAGUGAUUACGCCUGUUUUGGAUGAGAACAACUUCCCAAUGUUUUGGGUGGCUUCAAGAGGCCAUCACGCUGACAUCGGAAGUAUUUCAGCCGGUUCAAUGCCAAGUGACUCCAAGACCAUAUACGAAGAGGGUGCUGCUAUUGUUAGCCAUAAGUUGUGUACUGAAGGGAAGUUCGACGAGGCCGGUGUGAAGAGACUCUUUUAUGACGAGCCUGCAAAGUUCCCUGGUGGUUCUGGAAGUAGAGCUUUAAGUGACAAUAUUAGUGAUUUAAAAGCUCAAAUUUCUGCCAAUUACAAGGGUAUCACCUUAUUACAGAACUUAGUCAACGAGUUCACCAGACCCGUCAUCGAACUCUAUAUGGGAGGAAUCCAGUCUACGGCUGAUACUGCUGUGAGAAAUCUUUUGAAGCUUGCUCACAAGAAAUUCCAAGGAAACAGUAUGAAAGCCAUUGAUUACAUGGAUGAUGGUACACUUAUUGCACUUACGAUUCAAAUCGAUCCAGAAACAGGAAGUGCUGUGUUUGACUUCACUGAAUCCGGAGACGAAAUGUAUGGGAAUAUGAACGCUCCUAAAGCCAUAGUGUAUUCUGCAAUUUUGUAUGUGUUGAGAUCUUUAAUAAGCAGUGAUAUUCCUUUGAAUAAUGGCUGUUUGAUCCCCAUCACCCUAAAGACCAGAAAAGGCUCUGUGGUAGAUCCAUCUUAUGAUGCAGCUGUGGUGGGUGGAAAUGUGGAAACCACACAAAGAAUUAUUGAUGUAGUUUUGAAGGCAUUUGAAGCUGCUGCGGCUUCUCAAGGUACUUGCAAUAACUUCACUUUUGGUAUUAAUGACCAGGAAAACAAUAUCAAAUUCGGAUACUAUGAAACCAUUUGUGGAGGUGCUGGAGCUAUUGCUGUUACAGACCCUAAAGCUGAAAGGAAGCAUGGCCAAUCCGGUGUCCAAGUACACACCACUAAUACAAGAAUCACCGAUACCGAAGUGUUUGAAAGACGGUAUCCCAUUAUUGUCCACGAGUUCAGUAUCAGAGCUGGAUCUGGCGGUGACGGGUAUCAUAGAGGUGGUGACGGUGUGAUUAGAGAUAUUGAGUUUACUUAUCCUAAUCUUCAAGUCACUUGCUUGAUGAACAGAAGAGCACUUGCACCAUUUGGAUUAAAGGGUGGGCAAGACGGUUUAAGAGGUCAGAACACUUGGCUUAAGAAAACCGAUGAAGGCUAUAAGUCUGUGUCAUUGGCAGGUAGGUGUAGUGUUACUAUUGGAAAAGGUGACAGAGUAGUGAUCAUGACUCCAGGAGGAGGUGGUUUUGGGUCUUUGGAUUUUGUUGCUGAUGAUGUCAAUUAUCCUAUCAAACCUGAAAAAUCCAUUUAUACUGGGUCUGUGGCCAUGAGAGCCAUGACUCAAGAGACAAGCUAA